CUUCUCCGCGCGCUAGCAGGAAGUACAGGCGAGAGGCUCAUACAGGGAUCAGCCAUCGUUUAGCCACGUAUUAAGCCUUUAUUUCCACAUUCGUGUGGUUUAACGAUAUCUGCAACGUAUUUAUUUGACACCGGUGAUUUAAAGCUUGUAUUGCUCGUCUUCAACAGAUUGUAAAUCUUUCUCGUCGACGGGCAGACAGUUAUUGACGUCAGUGCACGUUUAUACUAUUAUUAUUAUUAUUAUUAUUUGUGAAUCAUGUUUUGACGAUCGUCAUUUUCGCGCGAGCAAAAUAUAUGAGUAGACAACGUAGAAAGCGUGAAUGGUUUCGUAUCCUUUGCUCGCUUUAACAGCCGGUUGCUAUGCAUUGCAUGCAUCUGUGUGUACAGCCAUGCAGCAAAGCAUGCAACUGUGCUGAGAUGUCACACCGCCUUUUCUAACAGAUCUCUGUAGUGCAUACAGUUGUGGUGGGUCAGAAUGAACAGAAACCACAUGAAAGAUGGUGCUUUCUGAGCCUUACUGGGAUCAUCACAUCCCCCUGCCAAAACUGGGACCCUUGUACUCCCGGCUGGUCACUGCCUUUGUUGCCCUGAUCUGUUUCAUAAACAGCUAUGAUGGGGACUUUGUCUUUGAUGAUUCAGAAGCCAUCAUUCAUAACAAGGAUUUGAAUCCUGACACUCCAUUGAGUAACAUCUGGAAAAAUGACUUUUGGGGAAGUAACUUAAGUAGCAACUCCAGUCACAAAUCCUACCGGCCCCUGACCGUCCUGACCUUCAGGAUCAACUACCUCUUGGCUGGUGGACUGCAUCCGAUUGGCUUCCACGUGCUCAACGUUGCCCUCCACUGUGUUAUUUCUGUGUUAAUGAUCGAUGUGUUUGCAAUAUUAAUUGGCGGCCUGGUUCACAACGGAAGAGAGGCGAAACUCAGUCUUUCUCCAAAAGCUUCCUUCCUGGCUGCGCUCUUCUUUGCUGCACAUCCAGUUCACACGGAAAGUGUGGCUGGCAUUGUUGGCAGAGCAGAUUUGUUGUGUGCCCUCUUUUUUCAGCUCUCUUUUCUGGUUUACUGCAAAGCGUUUCAAGGUGGUGAUAAAACGUUCUCAGUAUUGUGGAUAUUUGGCAGCAUUCUUCUUUGUGCUGUAGCAAUGCUGUGCAAGGAGCAAGGCAUUACGGUUUUGGGAGUGAAUGCUGCUUAUGAUAUUCUCAUGGUCUGUAAUCUGAAUAUCUAUGAGCUCGCUCACCAGCUGCUGUCCAGGAGAAAAUCAGAUGAUAUUGGAGGGUUGGUGAGGAGCGGUUUGCUUAUGAGGUUAGCUCUUCUCUUUCUUGGUGGUUCCUUUCUUUUGUACGCAAGGUGGAGAAUCAUGGGAACUGGGCCUCCAUCUUUCACUGAGGUGGAUAACCCAGCAUCCUUUGCUGAAAAUGUCAUCUUGAGGAUUGUGAACUAUAAUUACUAUUACUCAUUGAAUGCCUGGUUGCUGCUGUGUCCCUGGUGGCUGUGUUUUGAUUGGUCAAUGGGCUGUGUGCCUUUGAUUAAAUCAGCUGCUGAUUGGAGGAUUUUCUGGCCUCUUUUGCUGUGGUGCUGUCUGAUGGGCUUGGUAUACCAAGCUCUGUGCUCACAGGACAGCAAUAAAAGAAGGACUCUGACAUUUGGCCUUGUACUGCUGGUGAUUCCAUUCCUGCCAGCCAGUAAUCUGUUCUUCAGGGUGGGUUUUGUGAUAGCCGAGCGGGUGCUGUACCUCUCCUCAGCGGGCUACUGCCUCAUACUGGCCUACGCUGUGGGCUACUGUAGCUGCCACUGGAAGAAACACAAGAGGCUGCUGAGAGUGACCACGUUGACGCUGCUGUGUGUGAACGUGGCUCGCUCUGCACAGCGCAGUCAACAGUGGAGGUCUGAACAGAGUCUCUUCGCCAGCGCCCUGUCUGUCUGCCCGCUCAAUGCCAAGGUGCAUUAUAACAUUGGCAAAAACCUUGCUGACAGAGGCAACCAGAGUGCUGCAGUCAAGUACUACAGGGAGGCAGUGAGAUUACACCCCAAGUAUGUUCAUGCCAUGAACAAUCUUGGCAACAUAUUAAAGGAAAGAAACGAGUUAAAGGAAGCUGAAGAGCUCCUGUCAGCUGCGGUUCAUAUCCAGCCUGAUUUUGCUGCAGCUUGGAUGAAUUUGGGUAUUGUGCAGAACAGUCUGAAAAAGUUUGACGAGGCUGAACAGAGCUAUUGGAAUGCAAUUCGAUUCAGGAAAAAAUACCCAGACUGUUAUUACAACUUGGGACGUCUGUAUGCAGACCUGAACCGCAGCAUUGACGCGCUGAACGCCUGGAGGAAUGCCACCAUGCUAAAGCCUGACCACAGCCUGGCGUGGAACAACAUGGUCAUAUUGUUGGACAACACUGGUAAUCUGGCUCAGGCUGAGCUGAUUGGAAAGGAAGCAUUAAAGAUAUUGCCAAAAGAUCACACCAUCAUGUUCUCCCUCGCCAAUGUCCUUGGGAAACAGGAAAAGUACAAGGAGUCGGAAGGAUUCUUUCUUAACGCUCUGAAGAUCAACCCAAACAUUGCCAGUUGCCAUGGUAAUCUUGCUGUUCUUUAUCACCGUUGGGGAAAACUAGACUUAGCAAAGCGGCACUAUGAACUGUCUCUUCGACUGGAUCCCAGCGCUCCAGGGACCAAGGAAAACUACAACAUGCUAAAACGCAAACUGGAACAGCGGCAAAGGGCUGUUGGAUAACACUGUUUUUGAUAACUGCAUGCCACACAAGUCUUUGUACGGUCUCUACAUAUCUAAAUAAAUUAAUUCAUCUGA